UCAUGGCACUUCAACAUCAUCUCCACCUGCGCGUCCCUCAAGUGCAAGAUCGGUGCGAUGGCAGACUGUACAGACUAGAUACGGUCAUCUAUCCACAAACAGCACGUCGACACUAACCCCGCGACAUCCUAACAUCGAGUAUUAGCGAUCACCACCAUCAAGCGGGCCUCGGCGCCAUCUCAAACAUAAACCUGCGAUCGAUACUUUGCAACUUACGGGCAAUACAAGAGCAGAGACAUAGUGACGGACACAUGUAAUGAGACCAUGGGAUUACCUGAGGCCAGAUACUCUAGCGGCAUAGUCGUGAAGGCCGACAAUGUCAUACGCAUCGAUGUCAGGGUACGGUGACUAUUAUGAUUCUGGGAAUCAAGGACAGAAUAUGCAGGGCUCUUACAACACCGGAAGACAAUCCAAUACGACCGAUCGCUACACUACGCAAUCCGCGUAUUCCGGCGACAGUAGACAAUCUCAAUAUGGCUCGUCUGGGUACGAAUGGUCAGGGCAAACCCAGCAAAAUUACGCCGACGGUUCCCGUCAACAGGCAUACAGUAGUGCUUCGUGGAAGGACGACGACACCCAGAGUACAGCCUAUGGUGACAGACGUGACACCCUUACUCCACAGCCUACUGCCGGUAGCACUAGACAAGAGUACUACAACUCGCAGUCAACCAAUGCCACGGGUCAGAACACACAAGGGUUGAAUAGUCUUGCGUACGCAUCAGGUUUGGACGAAUCUGGACUCCAGCGACAGGGUCGGGUACAGCAGUCAAAUGCGGUGUCGUCAACGAAACACUCAUUGUCGACUACAAAUGCGCCAAAUCGUGUUCAAUCCCCACUCGCUCAUAACGCCUCACAGUACAGUUCGAGUCAAUCAACUGGUUUUAACUAUCACAAUAAUUCUGUCUCUACCACCAACAAGCAGUCAGCUGCCGCGGCUGCUCUGGCCGGGGCUGUCAAUCGUCGCUUUCCGCAAGCUAGUAGUGCGCAGUCAGUAUCCCCAAUUUUGGAUGGUGCAGCUCCUCGGCCAUCGGCUCCACAAUACUAUCACCCGAAUACGCAGGAUCAGAGACACCCUUCAUCUCACGCUCAGCGAAAUCCUCAUGUGGUAGCGGCAAACUCCAAUCGCCAGGCAGAUCAACAGAUGUCCCAAGAUAGAGUCGGACAACGUGGACGUGCGCCAAGUCGGGGCGCUCAGCAGGCGUCGAAUCAAUCUCAGCAGCAGGCGCUACAGGUCAAUUCCAUCUCGAAUCUUGUCAGUCACCCCACGGAAGAAGCUCGUCAACCACAGUAUUCCACGGUAGCAGAGCAACAAAGCACGAUGCCGAGUUAUAUCGAUCCGACACAGGUUUUUAAUCCUUUCGCUAGGGAACAUGAAAGAAGACGAAGGGAGGCUGAGGCGGAAGCGAAGCGCAAAGCAGAGGAAGAAGCUGCCUCGGCUGCUAGAAGGCGGCAGGAAGAAGAGGCUGCGCGAAAACGUCAGGAAGAAGAUGCUGCUGCUGCUGCCCAGAAACAGCAGGAAGAUCAUGAUGCUGCUCGGAAACGACAAGAAGAGGAAUCUGCUGCGGCCGCGGCGGCGGCGCAAAAGGCCAGUGAGUCAAGUAAGCGAGUGAAUAAACGGUCAGAAUCCGCACCAAAAUCCCGCAAGAGAAAGGCCGCAGCCCAAAGUGAUGAACAGCCACCAAAUUCUCAGACUGGCGAGGCCGAUAUGGCAACUGAACUGAAAGUCAUGAUGGAGAAGAUGAAGGAAUUCCGCAGCAAAGACCCAUCACUGUUUCAGAAGUUGUGGGAUGACAUGCGGAAACCAACUGUACCCGUACAAUCUCCUUCGCCUCAGCUGUCACAGCAAGAAGCUAUCCCAGAAUCUCAACCCUCUCCUCGGCCCACGCCAGUGGCAUCUUCGGUGGCUCAAUCGUCAGCGAUAACUUUCCUGCCCAGUGCGACAUCAGCAAAUAUUUCUGUAUCACGCCCGCUAAAUGGUUACAGGGUUGUGGUUGAGAACAACCAAGAAGACUUGCCUGAUCUGGGUCGAUUUCCUGCAGAACGACGCAUACGAGCGUCGUAUGUGGCCAAGAGAGAUAUACGUCACGAUACACCUACAAUCCCUUCGCCUCUCGUCAAGAACGCGCCGCUGUCAAGCGUGCCUACUUCUCAACCAGGCAACCUCAAUCCAGCUCCAGCUGGCCCACCGGUCCAACCCACUCCCGUCUCUGCGCAGCAGUCAAACGUUCCCGCUGUGUCAAUCGCGCCUCUGGCGAAAUCACCUCUGCUCACACAAGGGUUGCCACCACGUGGUCCAUCUGGCGGGACUAUCUGGCCCGAGGAGAAAAGAAAUGCUUUGGCAGGAGAAGCAGUGAAGGCUUUGAAAGCAAAUCCUGCAAAUGAACAGGUCAAUAUCAGUCCGGCAGACAUUCACGCCAUGUUGGAGAAGAAUCCAGGCUAUAUUGAUCUAUGUCAAAUGUUGGAGGACAAAGGUCUCAAAUUUCACAGGGGUCAAUUUGCCCGACAGCUAUUGAGCAACGUCCCCUAUCUGAAUACCCCCGCGGCUACGGCUCCUCCGCCAACAAUCGAACCUCAGCCUCAAUUCCACUCGCAUCCGAGUCCAGCCGUGCCACCUGCCGCCGCGCCUACGCCUGCUCAAAACCCCGUCCGUGUACCUGCGCCGCAGCCUGUCUCGAUCCUGGGGCCACCACGCGUGCCGAUAUCGAUCACGAAUGGGCCGCGCAACGACCCGAGAGUUGCGAUCGCACCGCCACUUCAAAGAGUCAUCCUUCCUCAGUUCCGCAGCGUUAAUGGUCCUGUAACUUUCAAGCCAGAACAUCCGGGAAUCCCUCAACAGCCUGUGAAAAUUGCAAGGCCCAAUUCGUUCAAAGUCACAGCAUCACCUCGCCACGAACCGCCACAAGGGUCGAAAGAAGCAUUGGCUCGAAAACGUGACUUCUCAGAAAUAGUCGAUCUAACAGCACUGAGCGACGAUGAAGACUACGUUCUAUCAAGAAAGCAGGCAAGAGUCGAGAGUCCAUCGCCCGAACGCGACCCAUUCCACGAGUAUCAAAGACAGCAGAGUUCGGCGUUCCAACCUGCAAACCCAGCGAUACCGACCGAGGGACUGGUCCCAUAUCAAGGAGGGCAUGCAUUCCCAUACGCCCUCUCGAAUGGAGCUCCUUUGAAGUUCAAUCCUGGCCCAAUACAUCAGUACGAAGCUAGGCCUCCUCCACCCGCGCUCCAACCAGCGCCAACGUCGACGAAGUCAACCAAAAUACUUGCCAAAUCUAUCAACAAGGAUGAAGCAUUGCAAAAGACUUAUUACAACCCCAAGACUGUGGCGCUCGAUAUCCUGAUUGCAGCUGGAAGACAUCCGACCGAGAGACCGCUGAAUGCUCACAUGGCCGGCAUUCUUGGAAAGCAUAUUGACCUUGACUCUGACCUGAGUACAUUCGACUGGGAUGCUGUGGAUCCUGGAGGUCCGCCACUGCCACAAGUCGAGGUUGUUGAUGUGCCUAUUGCGCCUCCUCGUUUCCAGUUCGGAAAGAGACGUGCGGACAUUUCUCUUGCCAUUGAUCGAGUUGUGAAUGGAGAGUCACGCUUACCUGAUUCGGACAAGCGUCACUUGCCUGCGCCCGCGCCAGUCAACGGCAACUCAAUCACGCGUCAAGACGGCUUCACACCUCGAUCACGUCUAAAAGACCUCAAUCGACCUCCAAGGUCGUCCACUGUCCGUGGCUCCCCUGCUCCGGAAUCUGACUCACGAAAUGUGAAUUCAGUGAAGCGUCAGACACGAAACCCUAGUGUCGCUUCUCCGACAGACCCUCUUGGUCAAGAGCAGCGCUCCACUCGAUCCUCCUCCAGUCAACUCAGACCCUCCAUCGAAGUUGAAAAGUCCAAAAAGAUGGACUCAGCGCCUUUCUUCCCCAGUGGCAAGCGACGAGGGCGACCUCCAGGAGCUAAAAAUAUUCACCCGAGUGUCAGGGAACUGAAGGCUACCAGCAAUCAACCUACUCAGUUCUCCGUCAGCGUCCCUUCACCUUCGUCGCCUAGCCUUCCUUUAUUCAGGUGUCGCUGGAAAGGUUGCAAGGCACACUUGCACAACCUUGACACAUUGCGACAGCAUAUUACGAAGGUUCAUCGGCCAAGUGAGGGUGAACGAAAAGACUACGGUUACAUCUGUUGGUGGAGGAAAUGCAGAUACCUGAAAGAGGACAAGGAUGGCUUGAUUCACCCGGAGAAGACAUUCGACGAUGAUUCGGAGUGGCUCGAACACAUUGAAGAGGAUCACCUGUAUUCAGUCGCCAUGAAACUUGGGGAUGGCCCUUCCACGAAACACAUUGGUAAGCAGAAGUCUUCGGUCUUUGAUGUCUCGAGAUUUGUUUUCAACCCUCCUGCAAGAGAGAAAGCUAGAACUCGUUCUUACUUAGAGCCGCAGACUAUCCUCCAGGAUAGGACCCGAUACCUUUCAGACGAAAACGGACGACUUACCACACCCACAUCAUCUGAGACGUUGCAAGAAGACCUGGAGCCCGAUACAAUGAUACUGUUCAAGGCGGAAUGGGACGAACACGAAAAGGGAACCCAGCGCAGCUUCAUGAAAACGCAUAAUGUCGAGAAGAACGUACCGAGAGCGGUGGCCGAGGAAACACUGAGAGCCAUGACUGCUCGCAAGGCCAAGAUAGGUCCUGGUAUCGAGAGAGGUGGCUGCAUAUUGGUCACCGAGGCAAGAAGAAAGACGUUGAUACAGAAUCAGGGACUUGCUCGCGUUGUCGAUGCAGAUUACUGACGAGUUCGAAAGGAUAGAGAAGGUGCUGUGGAGGAAAGCACUUAUCACAACAAGCUCAGCACAAGGUGGCUGAUAUGCUUGUCGCAGUAUCAGUCCAAGGUUGAUAUUGAGCGUGCUAUCAACAGUGGAGCUCGCGAAUCAAUUUCAUGUAUGAAUAUAAUAU